AUGAGCAGUCGAGAAGACAUCAUGGUGGACUUGCUCAUUUUGGAAUUGGAAUACAAUCCGAAGACAGACGAAUUGGAGAAUAAGAAGAGUGUUGAAAACGACUACAUCAACUUGAUGGCAUCUGCACUCGGAAGUGAGAAAGCAAGGGUCGGCAACGACUGGAAGCAACCACAAUCUUCACAAUAUCACUGCAACGGCACAAGUCUUCAUCCUUCAGUCCAUUUCUCAGAAUCAAUUAUCAACCAGAGUCUUCAAUUUCAAGCCAAAAUGGAGAAGAAGCAGCCUGCUCCAGAGAAGAGAGCAAAGGAGGGGAGUCCAUCGGCUCCUGCAACAAAUCCCCAAUCGAACGUUCCAAACAGUGAGGUAGCACGUUCACUGAACGAAAUCCUAAAUAGUCUUCUCAGUGAAGAUGAGAAGACCGCAUUGGAGGCUCUCACCAGUCAUUUCAAGAGACUCUGA